CGGUUUUGGCCGUAUCUUCAUGUAGGACCUACUCCCUACCCGCCAGCCGCGGCGAAUUCCAUCUGCGGUGCUCUAACUUGUGCAAGAGAGGCUGCCCCUGGGAGAGGCGGGGAACGACGGGUUAACUGGAAAGUGGGGCACGGGUUGGGCUCUGGGUGCCAAUGUCCUCUGCACACCACCAGGUGGUGGGAACGAGAGGCUCGGCUUCAUCAAGUCUCACCAGCUCCUGUCCCUUCUCUUGUGUCCUGGACUCCAAAUACCUCGACUCUCAGUACUUUGUGCACAGCCCAGGCCCAGAGCCAUGGCUAUCUCCUCUUCCUCCUGGGAACUGCCCCUGGUGGCUGUGUGCCAGGUAACAUCAACACCAGACAAGCAGAAGAACUUUAACAUGUGUGCUGAGCUGGUUCGAGAGGCUGCCAGACGGGGUGCUUGCCUAGCUUUCCUGCCUGAGGCAUUUGACUUCAUUGCACGGGACUCUGCAGAGACACUACGCCUAUCUGAGCCACUGGGUGGGAACCUUUUGGGAGAAUAUACCCAGCUUGCCAGGGAAUGUGGACUCUGGCUGUCCUUGGGUGGUUUCCAUGAGCGUGGCCAAGACUGGGAGCAGACUCAGAAAAUCUACAAUUGUCAUGUGCUUCUGAACAGCAAGGGGUCAGUAAUGGCCACUUACAGGAAGACUCACCUGUGUGACGUGGAGAUUCCAGGACAGGGACCUAUGCAUGAAAGCAACUCUACCAUGCCUGGGCCCAGUCUGGAGUCCCCUGUCAGCACCCCAGCAGGCAAGAUUGGUCUAGCUAUCUGCUAUGAUAUGCGGUUCCCUGAACUCUCUCUGGCAUUGGCUCAGGCUGGAGCAGAAAUACUUACCUACCCUUCGGCCUUUGGAUCUGUUACAGGCCCAGCCCACUGGGAGGUGUUGCUGCGGGCCCGUGCAAUUGAAACCCAGUGCUACGUAGUGGCAGCUGCACAGUGUGGACGCCACCAUGAGGCUAGAGCAAGUUAUGGCCACAGUAUGGUGGUGGAUCCCUGGGGAACAGUGGUGGCCCGCUGCUCUGAAGGACCAGGCCUCUGCCUCGCUCAGGUCAACCUCAAUUAUCUUCGACAGUUGCGCCAACACCUGCCUGUGUUCCAGCACCGCAGGCCUGACCUCUAUGGCAAUCUAGGUCACCCACUGCCUUAAGACUUCUGGCUUCUGUUGAGUUGAGACCCCCACUGUGAGCUGGUGUUGCUGUGACUUAUAGGCAGGACCCAGGCACAGCUCCCCUCACUUGGAGAACCUUGACUCUCUUGAUGGAACACAGGCUCAGCUUCUUGGGAAAACAGAAACUUCCACCUGAGCUCAGAUUUCAGUUUCAGAAAGGUGGAUUUUUAUAUAGUCAUUGUUUAUUCAUGAAAACUGAAGUUAUGCUGAGGGCUGAGCAGCACUGGCAUUGAAAAAAUAUAAUGGUAAAGUCUC